AUGGAUUACAGUGACAGCGAGCUAGGUGCGCUCCAGCACCAGGAGCGGCACCAGGAGUCCCGGUCGCAACCGCAGUACACCACCGUCGGCUCCAUCUACCGUUCGCAGCCACAGCCUCUGCAGCCUCCCACUCGCCGCGGUCGUACUGUCAAGUCGCUUUACCCCUACAAGAACGAGUCUCCCUCGGCCGUCCAUCAGUAUUCACCGCUGCAGCAGAAUUUCGACCGUGCCGUGAGCCCCAACGCCCACCGUCCCAACAGCCUCUCCGCCACCACUUCCUUCUCCGACGACCAGACAGGCCUAAUCCAGAGCUUCGGCCUUCACACGUCCAACAUGCUGUCUGCACACUCCGUUGAAGCAGCCGCUGACGCAGAUGGGCUCUCCGACAAGCACGACGGCGCAAACAUGCCCGCAGACGGUGAAGAGGACAGCGACAACGACGUCAACUUGAAGCAGAUGGGUGGCAUGAACAUAAAAAGCGUGACCAACCUAGCCUCCUACCCGAACCCAAUGCAGAAGACUGCUCAGAAGGUGCUCUCGAUGCAUCGUUUCCAACCCGCCCCGGUCAACGCCUUAGGUUCGCCCAGCCAACUCGCAACAUACCGCUUCCAGCAAGCCGCCGAACCUCCCAAGGAACAGAGAGCACUGCAAGGUAUCCUGCGAGGCGCCCGAUCUGACCCUGUCGCUAUGCGUGGUCUGCUGCAGUCGGAUAGCAUCGACGAGUAUGGUGACCCCCGGCGAUCGACCAGACCCCAGCCUGAAGCCAUACCCUGGGCCAACUUCUAUAGAGAUCCUACCUAUGGUACUGUCUUGUCUACUGGGCCUGGUGCGCCGGCCCCCCUGACUGCAGGUCCUCCUGGAACUCGAAACUACAAGCCAACUGCCCUCGAGUCAGCUAUCAGCCACAGCACCUUUCGGAAUAGCCUACAGGUUCCCGAGUUGGAGACCAAAGGUCCUAUGGAGAACCCCUACAUGGCCGGUCUGAGACUGCAGGACACUGCGCUAGCAGCUGCCCGUCAGCCCAGCCCAACAGCGAAGAGCGAGAGCACUCUCCCUAUGCAGGGCGCGCUGGACGCAGACAAGACCCAUCCCAAGCUCCACGACACGCUCACCCGUGAGCAGGCCAAGCGAUUCUACCCCAAAGGUAUGCCUCCUGACUUCAAUGACAACACGAAGCCGCUCGAUCCGAACUGGCAACUGGACUAUCCGGUAGAGGACAAGUUCUGGAUCCAGCAAAGACCUGAGGUAUGGGCAGCCCGUCAGGCUAAGAUUGAGCGCGAUUUCUACAGCGGCAACGACAUGAUCAACAAGUCGUUCAGCUUGGCAGUCUCGGAAAGGAACCGUCGUGAUGUCGCUCGCGCUCUUGGCAGCACAUACGAGGAGCCCGAGAAAAGCCAGGGAAAGGUCGUUAAUCGCCAUAUGACCAUCGAGGAUGCGAUGGCGAUGCCUACUUGCGAGCAUGCUGCCCCCCUUCUUUCCAUGGCAUUCCAGACUCUGGUCAACCAUCCCGAGUUCUCGCCUUACUCCACCCUUCCCAAGUUCGGGGAUCUCCGUUAG